CCUUGAGGUAUGGUCUUGCGAUAUCGCCGGUGUGCUGCGAUUGGUGUCGCUUUAUUAAACUGGUACCGUGAUCGAUGAUUUUCACUCAUAAACGUCAGGCUGGAGGAUUAUCUGUUGUGUAAGUCGGACAGAUGGUUUCCUCCAAAACAUCGAUUCGUCGCCUAUUGUCCCUCAUUGCGAAACAAUCACCGGAACAACUCACUAAUAAACGUGAACAACGAAUAUCUUGCAAAGUAAAAGCUGAUUCUUGCUGGAGCAUUAUCAGUUUGGUCAAUUAUUUGGAUAAUCUCUUUGUACUGACCGAACGCCGAUCGACACAGGACUGAGCUAACAGGUAAAGUUAUAUUUUUCUUGCUCGUCACGGCAGAGGUCUUUGGGAUCGGUCGAUCUCCCUUACUACAAAAACUCGAGGUUUUUCGUGAAUAUUCGUAAAUCUUCUUGGUCCUAUCGUGAUGAAUUUCUCGGAAACAAAUCUCUCUGCUACGCCACCAGCGUUGUUAUGGAGUCCUGGUUUUAAGUACUUUAGUGCGACACUUUAUGUUGUUAUAAUCACAAUGGCAUUCAUUGGAAAUCUUUUGUCUUGUCUCGCAUUUAACUUGAAUGGAAUCGUUCGCAUUUCAGCGACGAAUCAUUUCAUUUUUUCGCUAGCUGUGAGUGAUUUGCUUACCGCGUGCUUCGCAAUGCCCUUCGAUCUGGAGCAGCUUUUAACUAAUAAUACUUGGAACCAUGGAGAGGUCCUAUGCCAGGUAUGGACAACAGCUUACCUCCUCACUGUUCCCUCAUCUAUUUGGAACCUUUUGGCUGUGAGCGUGGACCGCUAUAAUAGCCUCCAGGACCCGCUCGACCGUUUUCGCCAGACUCCGUUCAUGAGCCGUAAGCGUGCAACUCUGGUCAUCCUAUCGCUGUGGAUUUAUUCAGGGCUUUUCGCGCUUGUGCCAGUCUUAGGCUGGAAACGAGUCUCCCAAAGCGUAACUGCACUCGGUUUUUGUGACUUCAACAUAACUACAGAAUAUUCUUUGUUGAGCUCCUUGGCGAAUUUCAUCUUGCCAACCGUCUUUAUGUGCGCGCUGUACUGGAGAAUCUACAAAAUUGCAAACGGUCUAAGUAGGCAAGAGACGCUAGAUCCUUUGCAGAAUUCACCUUACACGGGAAGAAAGUCGGCCAAGAGGCUGAAACGGCGGAUCAAGACGACAAAAAACAUCCUAAUACUUGUGUGUGCUUUUUUCUUCUGUUGGAUGCCGCACACUGUCCUCAGCAUCGUCGCCAUAAUCAUGAUUGAGACAUGUCAGUCAUGUAUAAUAGCCAUUCCUUUAGAGCUUUACAUCGUCCUUCUUAUGCUCGGAUAUUCAAGUUCAGCUUUGAAUCCUUAUUUGUAUGCGCUGAAAAAUAAGCAGUUCAGAAAUGCCUUCUCUAGGCUUGCCUCUGCGUUCCGUUGCAAGGUCACUCUGCGGAUACCUUCAUCUAUUACAUCCGGGAAUCAAAAGUCUAGUAAGUUACUGCCAAACAACAGUAACGGACAGAGCACGCUAACCCGAACCACUACUCUGUAA